AUGGUGGCGACCGAGCAAGGCAUACUGGCCUUCACACCAGUGUUACUCCAGAUCCGAGGACUCAUGAACAAAGUGAACCAUCACUUAUCAACAACUUUAAAUUUACAUGAUAUCCCACGCGCUUCCCACACUCAGUCAUUCAACUUCCCUCAACAUGAGGCAAGUACCACUGUUGAUCCAAAUAAAUCAACAUCAUCUAACAAAGAUAAGGUGCCACCUUCUUCUAUGUAUGAACAAUCCACUCCGAAGUACGGUCCAUCCAUGCAUACACCAUAUCCAUAUCAUUACUAUGGGAUGCCCCCACCACAAGGCUAUUAUUACCCAUAUCCUGCCAUGAACCAUAAUAUGGCACCCCCAUCCCACAUGUCGGCACCACCUUCGCCACAUGUGUAUUCACAAUCAAUGUAUAAUAAUCAUUUGCCAAUUCCACAAACAUUUUCCCAGCCGCCAUUGCAACCUAUUGUCAAUCACUAUAGGGAUGUUCCUCAUGCAUUAAAUCCUCAAAAACCAUCACCGCUCUACCCUAUUUCAAGUACCGGUGAAUUUUCCAAUUGGAUUAGGACUCUGGACCAUCUCAAUUCAUCUCAAUAUGGUGAUUUAAUUCCAAACAAACAUUGUGUAGCUGCAAGAACACCUUCUCACUGGGAAGAACUUGGCCUCCAGUGGUUAUUUUCCACUUACGUUAAAAUGGAUUUUUAUCCUCAAUGGGUCAAACAGGCCCAAGAGACCUCUGUACCUCUAUUUACUAUAUUGCAAAGAGCUAUGACCUUGGCCAUGCAAGCCACUGAUAUCACUAUUAUCAUGCGGAAAUUAUGUGACCUUCAUUUCGAAAGCAAAGAGCCUGCCUUUAUCUUUAACGCUAAUGUGCAAUCUAUCAUUUCACAGAUUGACACAAAGGAACUUACUCAAUAUGAACCACUAAUCAAAGACUACAUUUUAAAUGCUCUUACCGGUCCAUACUCCACUAUCAAUAAGGAAUUUCGUACAUCGCAAAGUCCGUACUCUAUUUCUGACAUAUACACUCGUAUUUCCGCCGAAUACGAUUACAUUACCACCACUCAAUCAGCACGACCCAAGUGCUCUUACUGCCACAUAGUGGGCCAUACUCGUGAUCAAUGCUUUAAGGCAGUAGCUCCAUCUACUACCAAUCCAAUUCCCAAACUGAAGUCUAACACUAGAACGA